AUGUCUUCAACUUGUAAUGAGGUAUGGCGGCUGGUCAGGCAGGCGAACGACGAGCACGGCGUGGGCGCGAGCGAGUCUGAGGUGCUGAUGAUCACGGCGAUACUGAUUUUUGAGCUGGAGAAAAUCAAGAUUGUCGUGCUCGAGUGGGCAUAUGCGACCACCUGGAUGCUAAGCGUGCUCGUCGAUGUGCUUGCCUCGGCCGAUUUGGACCAUCAGGCGAUUUUUGGGCACACGAUGGAGGAUAUCGUGAGGGAGAAGGUAAGGAUAGCCAGGAGGGGGAAGCCGUUCGUGCACGGGAGGCAGCGGUAUGCGGAGAUGGUCAGCGCGGUGAGGAAGGUCGCGGGCAACGUUGUCGAUGCGUAUCCCGUGCGUCAGCGGGAGUGGGAUGCCAGUGUGGACGGCGACGGCCAGCGGAUGUCUGCUCUCGACGACUCGUUCUCCUUUCGAGCCUCAAAAUCUACUCAGCCACGACUGCAGGCCGUCGAGCUCAUUCCUUCCCCAGACGACGAUGGAGGCGGUGGUGGUCAUUGUUUGCCAGACGACGGAAGUAGACGCAUGACCGUCCUCGCAGACGACGCACAGAACCCCGCAUCGUCAACUACCCUCGCAUCCUACACCUCCCAUCUCUCCAUCGCCAAUGCCACCACCUACACCUCCAAUCCCCACCGAACGAUCCACCCAACCUACAUCCUCGCUAUCUCCGAUUCUCCACCCAAAACUCCCCUCCAAACGCUCUCUCACCUGCUCCCCCUCUCUCCACCUUCCCUCUACCUCUUCCUCGCCAAUGUCUAUAUUUGCGCCCCCAUCCGUCUCCUCCACGUCGUCCUUGAGUACACAGACUCCAGCGAACAUUGA